UCAGGAAGAAUCACGAUGGUGGAAGACGGCCAACGGAAUCUAGAGUAGUUCUGAAGAUAGAAGACGACAUCAGAAGAUUUCUCCAGGUGGAGAGUAUUUACUCCAUCAGAUCUGUCAGACGGAGGAGUACACAAACAUCAGGUGCCAGUUUCACCAUGAAGUUUAACGGACUUCUUGUGAUUUGUUUUAUCGGUCUUACCCUCGUUGACUGCCAAGUGCACACCAUAGUAUCCAACAAUAAGCCAGUAAAAACAACCGCAAUAAAUCCAAAUCCGCCAAAACCAGCCACAAAAUAUGGACCAGAUAAGUAUGGAUAUGGAGUAAUGGAUCUCAAGAACAACAUUCCGAUCAUUCCGCCCCCUCCUUUUGUUUGCGAGUGUGGUAUUGCUAAUACUCCGAACAUAAAUGGUCGCUUGCUGAUAAUAGAAGGAGAAGAAGGUACAGAAAACGAGUUUCCUUGGCAGGUAAAUGAUUAUAUAUGGUAAAUAAAUGAUUAUAUCUGGUAAAUAAAUGAUUAUAUUGUGGCGGAUAUGAAUAUCGUCUUCCUGAAUAAUUCUAGAGAAAUCCAAGGAGGAGUUGCCAGAUCAGCUGAUAUAAAAUCAUGUGUUUAAGAUUCAAUUAUUUUACUAUAUAAGUUAAGUUUUUAAAUAAAGUUAAUCGUUGAGUAACUCUUUUCCUUUAAAGUUGUAGCACGCCAAAUUGGUG